AUGAGAAACCAUACAGCACUGACUACAUUCAUCCUCCUCGGACUCACAGAAGACCCACAAUUGCAGAUUCUGAUUUUUAUAUUUCUACUUAUCACCUACAUGUUGAGUGUAAUUGGAAACCUAACCAUCAUCUGUCUCACAAUAGUAGAUUCCCACCUUAAAACUGCCAUGUACUUUUUCCUCCAAAAUUUCUCUUUCUUAGAAAUCUCCUUCACCUCUGCCUGCAUUCCUAGAUUCCUAUAUAGUAUCUCUACAGGUGAUAGAACGAUUACUUAUAAUGCUUGCAUGAGUCAGUUAUUUUUCACAGACCUGUUUGGAAUAACGGAAUUUUUCCUCCUGGCCACCAUGUCCUAUGAUCGAUAUGUGGCUAUCUGCAAACCCUUGCAUUACAUGAUUAUCAUGAACCACAGAGCCUGCAAGAGGCUUCUUUUGGGCUGCUGGAUGAUUACUUUGUUAAUCAUGAUCCCACCUCUUAGCCUGGGACUGGAGCUUCAGUUUUGCGAUUCUGUCAUUGACCACUUUGUCUGUGAUGCCAACCCUCUCCUAAAGAUCUCAUGUACAGACACAUGGUUCAUAGAGCAAAUAGUGAUUGCCUGCUCUGUCAUCAUUUUUAUCAUGACCCUUGUUUGUGUGCUAUUGUCCUACAUAUAUAUCAUCAGAACAAUUCUAGGGUUCUCCUCAGUACAACAAAGGAAAAAAGCCUUUUCUACCUGUUCUUCCCAUAUUAUUGUAGUUUCCAUCACUUAUGGAAGCUGCAUUUUUGUCUAUACAAAGCCUUCAGCAAAAGAUGACAUGGCCAUUAAUAAGGGGGUGACAAUACUAACUACUUCCCUAUCCCCCAUGUUAAACCCAUUUAUAUAUACCUUGAGGAACACACAAGUCAAACAAGCUUUUAUUGAGUUUAUCAAAAGAAUUGCAUUAUACAUAAAGCAUUAG